AUGAGCAUGGGCUUGCAGAUGAUGGCAUUUGGCAUCGCUCUGCUCUCAACCCUCUUCCUGGUCAUCGCCACAUGCACCGACUGCUGGAUGGUGAACGCUGAUGACAGCUUGGAGGUGAGCCACAAGUGCCGGGGGCUUUGGAGGGAGUGUGUCACCAACAUGCAGGACGGGGUCAAGACCUGCGACCAGUACGACUCCAUCUUGGCAGACCACCCAGUGAAAAUUGUGGUGACGCGGACGCUGCUGAUCACCGCAGACCUCCUGGCAGGCCUGGCUUUGGCUGUGCUGCUUCUUGGACUCGACUGCAUCAAGUUCCUCAAGGAGGAGCCCCACGUCAAACUGAGGAUGUGUUUUGUGGCCGGGGUCAUCCUCGGCAUCGGGAGUGUCCUGGGUCUCAUCGGCUCCGUGUGGUACGCGGUGGACGUCUACCUGGAGAGAGCCGCGCUGGUGGCCAACAACGUCUUCUUGGGAGUCCACUACGACUUCGGGUGGUCCUGCUGGCUGGGGAUGGCCAGCUCCACCGGCUGCCUGGUGUCAUCCGUGGUGCUGACCUGCUGCCUCCACGUCCGCAUGGGCCCCAGCAGCCACCAGCAACCCCGGGGACCCGUCCACGCGCGGGGACAGACGGCCACCAGCAAGAUGUACGCCAUGGAUUCCCGUGUGUGA